AAUUUAUAAGCGAGGGAAAUCGUAGGCGGCGCACAGUUGUCUGUGGCAUUGUCGCGUGUCCACGCCGCGCCGCUACCGAAUGCACCGCACACGCUGCAUACCGCGAUCACAUUCGUAAACAAGUGCACAAACAUGAAAUGAAAUUCGUUAAUAAAUAAUAUUAUUUAAAUAUUAAUUUUGAGGACCCAAGUGAUUAGUUUUAAGUGACAAUGCAAGUGGUUGCAGCAAUAUUUUCUGUGUUCGCGCUUUUGCAAGAACUCACGCAUGGCGAAGAAUUUGGCUAUGAUGGCAAUAUCGGUCCUCAAUACUGGGGUGAAAGGUACCGAGAGUGCGCCGGCAAGCAUCAGAGCCCCAUCAACAUCAACGUGCUGCGAGUAAAGCAUGUCACGUUACCCGACCUCGUGCUCGUAGGCUUCGAUGAUUCCAUUGAUGACGUUCACGUCACCAACAAUGGACACACAGUUCUAAUAGAGGUGAAGAAUGAGCCACACCCUCGGGUGAGGGGAGGGCCGCUCAGUGAUGACUACAUAUUCAGCCAGAUGCACUUCCAUUGGGGGGACAACGACACCUUUGGCUCCGAAGACAAGAUCAACCACAGAAGUUUCCCGAUGGAGUUGCACAUGGUGUUCUUUAAAGAGGAGUACCAGUCAGCUGUGGAGGCAGUGAAGCAUUCAGACGGCUUGACUGUCCUCGCAUUCUUUUAUGAGUUGGACCGUCACCAACACCCGGCUUACGAUGAUAUUACAUCGGCGCUGGUGAACGUAACAGAGCCCUACACCAGCGUGGUGAUGAGCCAUCCGUUCUCAUUCCUUCAUAUUCUCCCCUACGACCUCAAGAGAUACUUCACGUACCAAGGCUCGUUGACAACGCCGCCCUGCUCUGAAGUCGUCACCUGGUUGGACUUUGAACAGCCAAUCAGGCUCACACAUGAACAGAUAGAGGCAUUCCGAGAGAUAAGAUCAUCACAUGGGAAGAUCACACACAACUUCAGGCCAAUUCAACCAAUCGGCGACAGAGUAGUAUUCUACAAUAUUGACAAAGACUACUAUUUGUACAACAACGAGAUUGAUGAGCAAGAAGAAACCACAACUAAACACCCUCAAUGGAGAAAAAAGGGUCGCAGCAAUGCUCAUAGUAUAGUUCCUACAGUUUUAAAUACAAUCUGCCUUACUUUAUUGAUGUCAUUUGGCUUGUGAUAAUCUUUACUCAGCUAAAUAUGGUUUACAUUUCGUUACUGUUAGAUAUUGUAUAUCAAUAGGGUAGUAAGAUUUUGUUACUAAACAAUGUCACUAAUUUAAUAUUUGUUGUGUGUAUGUGAUGGAAUGAGCAUAAAGAGAAUUAUUUAUAAUUUAAUUUAAUAACUUCAUAAUAGAUGAACUAUGUGAUAGAAAUGAAAUUACUCUUUAUAUAUUAAAGGAAGGUACAUGUAGUUGUGAGAAGAUUGUAUGCAUUGUAGAUGUUUUUAGUUACUCAGUGUUGUCAGUUUAAU